AUGGACAACGACUUGGAGUUGGGACCCAAUAAUAUGAGCGUAAAUAAUACCCCCCCCCAGGCGUGUGAGAGCGCCUAUCAUCUCUCACAGGAGGAGGAGGCUGCCUUUACAAAAAGCAGCAGACUGGCGAGGUCCCCAAUAAGUGUGGCGGUCCAGGCGACGGCCGCGGAAACAACACAAAAGGAGGGAUCACGAUCUGCAUUCCGAGAGCUUGGAGAGGAGAUCGCUAUCUUGGUCGGCUUUAUAGAGGACGGAAAGCGAAGGUCCAUCCACCAGCCAAUGCGAGACUCGAUAGAGAGCAUUCGGGCCCUGUACGAGCUAGUGGCCAUCCAGGUGCAUGACAACAAGGCAAAGGAGCUGAUUAGGUCGCACCAGUCAUCGCAGACUUCGCCAAUCUUCUCAGCGCCGCUGGAGGCGAAGAGAAGGCAGGGACCGGGCGCACCAACGCCCAAGCAAAAAAGGAGGAAGCAGCACGGGAAUGAAAGCCCGCGCAAUGGACCAAUGGCGAGGAAAGAAGCCGAACCAACAAGCACGGGAUCGCAGGUGACUCCCAGCGCAUCUGGUGGUGAGAGCUGGACUAUAGUGGCCAGGAAAGGACUGCAGAAAGCAGCGAAAAAAGCAGAAAGUCUUCGGCCGAAGGAAAAUCCCGCGCGUAUCGAGAGGACCAGGCCAGAUGCUCUCCUUAUCCAAACCAAAGGAGAGAAGACCUACGCUGAGAUUUUAAGGACAAUGAAGACGGACGAGAAGCUCAAGGCUCUAGGACAGGCCAUAAACAGAGUGAGAAGAACCCAGAAGGGUGAACUCCUACUAGAGUUGACCAAAUCGGGAGAGGGAACUGCCGAGUUCAAAACUAUAGUCGCUGAAGCGCUGGGGGAGAGUGCCGAGGUCCGCUCACUGACGCAGCGGGUCUUCAUCGAGUGCAAAGACCUCGAGGAGGACACCACAGCAGAAGAUAUCUGCAAGGCGCUAGCGGACCAGCUCCAACUGUCGGAUGUAACAACAGCAGAUGUCAGACUUAGGCGAGCAUACGGGCAGACCCAAAUAGCCAGCAUUAGACUGUCGGCAGCCGGUGCCCAGAAGGCCUUGCACGCAGGAGCAAUGCCUGGAGUUUGGGCACCAAGCGAGGAAUUGCAAGUGCGAAACGGAUCGCUCAAACCUCUGCAGGCGAUGUGGACUGCCAGACCACUUGGCUAA